ACACUCACAUACACUAUACACGCACACACUCGGACGUAGUUUGAAAACAACCUCAACAGAUCACAACGCAAUAGAAUAGUCAAUGUUGAAUCAUGGUUGAAUGUAAACAAAAUGAGGAAGUUCAUCUGUUAAUCUUCGCUUGAUUUAAAAAAACAAACAACUUCUGAAAGUUUCUUCAAAAAGAAAAUGGGUAAAGAAAGUGAACUAUUGAAAGCUGUGAAACAAAAAGAUUUGAGCAAGGUUCAGCAACUAUUAUCUAAAACAAUUAAAAAAGAAAAGAAGAAACGCUGGCACCUAGUUUCAGAGACCCAGUACAAAGUGGAAGUCAGACAUAUAAAUGUCAACUGCAGGGAACCAGAAACAGCAUACACGCCUUUACUGUUAGCAGUGUUAAAUGGUAGUAAAGAUAUAGCCAAGGAAUUUAUUCACCAUAAUGCAGAUGUCAAGGCAAAAGAUAUUAGAGGAAAUACAGCCCUACAUCUGGCUGUUUUUCAUAGCCAAUUGGAUAUGAUUGAGUUACUAUUGUCCAAUAAUAUUGAGGUCAAUGAUGUCAAUGAUGAUGGUAAUACCGCUCUUCACAUUGCUUGUCAGGGUCAGGGGACUGCAGACCUUGGAAGUGCCAUAGUGAAAAAAUUGAUUGAUUCUGGAGCAGAUGUCUGGAUCAAAAAUAAAUUUCGACUGACUGCAUUAGAUUUAGCUGCCAGUUGUAACAAAAUAGAAGUGGUGAAGUUACUUCUCCAACACUGCCCACAGCUGAGGAAGAACAAAAGUGCCAUAGUUGAAGCUGCAGUCAGAGGUCAUAAAAAUGUUGUAGAAGUCUUGCUUGAAUAUGGAGCCAACUGUAAUUGUUUAGAUGACAACAGUGGAUCUAGUGCAUUACAUGAAGCUGUCAGAUUUAUCAGGCCAGAAGUUGUGCAAUUAUUGCUGCUAUUUCAAGCAAACCCUGAUCUACAAAAUUUAAAAAAAGAAACACCUAGAACGAUUGCCAGUGACUUGCCUUCUACACAAUCUGACAAUAUUUUAAAAUUGCUUGAAGAACAACACAAGUUGUCACCAAGGGUUCCCAAAAUGUUUAGCAACACAGACAUGUUAGAAUUUUCAGAAAUAAAUAGCACUGUGAUGAUUGCCACUAAGAACUAUCCAGAACUGCCAAAUGAUAUAAGUUGGACAAAAAAUGAGCCUAUGUAUUGUAGUUCUUGCACAGAAAGAAACCCAAAUACCCAAAUUCUUGAUGGUAAUUUAUCAACAUUCUGGGUCAUCCCUGUCCUCCAUGAUGCUUGGACCAUACUUGAUCUUCAUUCAGAGCAUAUCAUUUCUGGCAUUACCAUAUUUGGAUGGAAAAGUCCUCAGAUGAUAAAAACAUUUUAUUUGCAAUGUUCUUCUUCAAUAAAUGGACCAUGGAAAAAUGUGACAACACAGACCUGUGAGUGUCUAGGUAGCACUGAUCCCAAAGCACCAGCAUUCCCACAAACAUUUAGUAACUUCACAUUCCGUAGUCAGUACAUUCGGCUUUACAUCGUAGACAAUCAUGCUGGAAGCUAUAUUUGUUUUCAAGGCAUUCAGUUCCAUGGGGCAGACUGUCAAGUCAUUAAUGCAUUGACACAGUGUGGUUUACAAACAGAAGUUGAAAGUUUUAUCUCUAAGGGCAUCAAUACAUGGAAGAAAUUUCUAAAUUUGUCACUACAACAGGUUGAUGAGUUGGUAUUAGAUUCUGAGAGCAAGUCUAAACUGUGGGAACUUAUUUACAUUGAAAGAAAUAAAAGAUGCUCUGAGUCUACCCAAUGGGUACCUGACAUUAGAUGGCUAAGUAAAGGCUGUUAGUCAGAGCAUUAGAUGGCUAAGUAAAGGCGGUUAGUUAUUGUGUUGGUCACAUGACAACCUUGUCAACUUUCAGCUAAAGAAACAGAGGACCUUUACAUUAUCUGCCAUAUGGAUCAUAAGGGGUACUUUACUUUACUCAGAGUACCCUGAAGGGUCAUUGUGGUAAAGGACUAAUGGUAUGUCAGAACCUUGCAAAAGUAUCAGUUUGUAAUUCUUCGCAGUAUUGAAAAGUUUUGUUGUUUUUUUUGCUUCCAUCAUCACAUGGCAAUGUGCAACAUACACUUUAAACAAGUUACUUAAAAAAAAGAAUUGAGUAACACCUUUCCUUCUUGAAGAUUUUUCUUGCAAAGCUAGAAUCUACUUGGCAUCUAUGGUUGUAUGGUACACUGUGUUUAACUAUUUUACUAAUAAAUAUCUUAUCUAUCCAAUGCAUAUUUCUCAAUUAGUUCUACUUGCUAGAGGAAUUUUGAAAACAAAAAACUUUAACUUCAAUGCUGACAAAACUAAAUAUUAAUAUAAAAUUAAAUAGUAAUAUAUUAUUAAAAUAAAGACAUUUAUGUAGCCCUUAAUUAUAAAUUAGUAUCAGUGCACUGUGCAAGUUAAUUUGUACGAUUUACAAACUUAUCAGUGAAUAGAGCAUUUAGUGUUUUGUAAUGUUAUUUUUA